AUGAGAGCAUACUGGUUCGACAACCUCGAGGGCGACCAGCGCCAGCCCCACGACUCCGGCCGGGCGGUAGACCCAGCAUAUUUGUCCAAGCUUGGCGUGCUGUACCACCACAUCAGCUCCCAGUCUGAAGUCGAUGAGCUAGCAAAAGCCCGUGACUACAAGAACCGGGAUGAAAUCACCGUCUCGCCAGAAAAGAUGGGCGACAUUUACGAAGAAAAGGUUAAGAGCUUCUUCCACGAGCACUUGCACGAAGAUGAAGAGAUUCGGUACAUUCUCGACGGCGCCGGGUACUUUGAUGUCCGCAGUGAGGGCGACGACUGGGUGAGGAUCUGGCUCGAGAAGGGCGACUUGAUCAUCCUGCCUAGUGGCAUUUACCACCGCUUCACGACAGACGAGCAGAACUACACGAAGGCUAUGCGCUUGUUCAAGGAUGAGCCCAAGUGGACUCCACUGAACAGGGGCGAAGAGACGGACGAGAACCAAUUCCGACAGGAAUAUCUCAAGCUUCGACAGGGACUCGCUGCUUAAGACGCCUACGAUGUAGUACGUAAGAGUAUGCUCAAGCAGGAAGAAUGAAAUGAUGCGAACACG